AUGUGUGUGUGGUUAAUUGUUUUUUUUUCGAUUGCUUUUCGUUUAUUCUACUUUUUUUCUUUUUUCUUUUUUCUUUCUUUGUAUUUAGUCACUAUUUUAUCUUUCCAUUUUCUUUCUUUCUUUCUUUCUUUCUUUCUUUUUUUCUUUCUUUCUUUCUUUCUUUUUUCUCCUGCCAAACUCUUUACUCUUUUCAUACAUUUCUUUUUCCAUUCUACACUUCCCGUUUUUUUCUAUUUUCUCAUGUUUUCGUUCUUUCUUUCUUUCUUUCUUUCUUUCUUUCUUUCUUUCUUUCUUUCUUUCUUUCUUUCUUUUCACUCAUUUUUAAUCCUUCUAUUUCAAGUCUGUCACUUUUCUUUCUUUUUUCUUCUCAAAUAUUUAUUUCUUACCAUAGAUUAUAUUUCAGGGCUUAUCUUUAAUUUUUCUUUCUAUUUCUUCUCUAUGUUUUGUUUUGUUUCGUUUUGUUUUCGUUUUUUCUUUCUUUCUUUCUUUCUUUCUUUCUUUCUUUCUUUCUUUCUUUCUUUCUUUCUUUUCACUCAUUUUUAA